CCUUCCAUAUAGGAUCAUAGGAAGAAGAGUAGAUCCAGUCACGAUGAUAACGAGUCGAAGUCAAAUAUUGAAUCAGAGUCCCUCCCCGCUUACAAUACGGUUUCUGGAAAUAUCCAAAAACCCAAUCUUACCAAACGCGGGAAAGGUGUCGCAAAACGUCGAAGCAUGGAAGAUAGAGACACCAAUGGAAACCUCACCAAACGCUAUGUCUUCGAAGCAUCAAGAAAGACCGUUGAAGUGUUACAGGGAGUGGCAGAAAUGGCUGGUGUCCCGCUUGUCAAGCAAGUGCUUGAAAUCGGAUUAUCGCUCAUCAAAGCAUGUGAGGAGCUUAACGAAGUCCAAGAGAAGGUUCAGCAGUUGAAGAACAGAGUCGCGGAAUUCCUACUCGUUAUUGCCAAAUUCAUGGACAGGCCACAAGAUGCGAAAUUGGCUCCUCAUUUCAGCACCUUCUUCGCAGAGAUGUCCGAGGACCUGGAACGAGAGUUGGGAGACCUUAAAAUCUGUCUAGACUCUAUAACCAAACGUCUCGAGCAUAUCAAGGCACGGAACGCCUUGAUCACUGCUAUGCUACCUGAAUCAAACAUCGAUGAAAUUCAGGCAUGCGAGACCGAAUUUUCGGACGCGAUCGAGCGAUUCCAGACCUUGCGUGGACUACAUGCUGCUGAGGACAUCACGAAAUUACAAGACAAACUGGAGGUCGUGUAUAGCGAGAUUAAAGCUAUAUCACAACAGGUGACCCAGUUACAGACUUCGUUCGACGAUCUGAAGGCCAGGUUGGGACCUCUGGAUGACUCUCAAUUGGUUGUACCCACCAUGCCCAACCCUCCCACUAUCUUUCAUGGGCGGAACGAAAUAGUGAAUGAGAUUGCAAAUACUCUUGCAAGGCGCUCGAUUGAUGGCAAAUUGUCUCGUUUUUGUAUCCUUGGACCCGGGGGACUGGGAAAAACAUCCGCUGCUUUGGCAGUCAUGCAACAUCCACUCAUACGAAGUAGUUUCGAAGAAGGUCAAUUCUGGAUACCUUGUAAUACGGCUAAUUCCCCCAAUGCGUUAUUAGAUGCAUUAGCUGAAGGCACUGGUGUGAAUCCUCAGACUAAGAAUCUGCUUCGUAGUAUUCUCAGUCGACUCUCAUCCUUGCCAGGGCAAUCCAUUCUGUUGCUCGACAACUUCGAGACACCUUGGCUUCUCGAUGAAGGUUCCCAAUCCAGAGUCCAGGCCAUUCUAGAACAGCUAAACUCCCUGCCGAAUGUCGCUAUACUCUUGACAAUGCGUUCCAAUUCGCCGCCGUUACGCGAUUGGAAGCAUACAGAUCUUCCUCCAGUGGAUUUAGAUAAUUCUCGGAAAAUCUAUCUUGAUGUUGACGGAGCCGCACACGAUUCUCCUGACUUGGAUGUUUUACUAGACACACUGGGACAUAUGCCAGGUGCAGUGUAUCUCAUGGCUAAUCUAGGAGCAAACUCCCUUUCAACACCGACAGAGCUACUCCAACAGUGGCGUGCCGGGGGCAUCAAUGUCAUGGAUCACUGCAUUGGACUGUCAAUGAAGAGUAGCUUUGUUACAGACUGCGAAGGUGCAAUCGAGUUACUCCAGGUUCUGUCGAUGCUUCCAGCUGGAGUUGUUCGCAGUCAUUUGAAAUUAUGGCUUCCCUCGUAUCGCCCCGAAGCUAUUCAAUGCCUUCGAAAAGCUGCUCUACUUCAUGUGAGCUCGGGAAGCGAUCCGAAACUCUUUGUUCUCCCUGUUAUCCAAUCAUGCGUUCAAAAAAGCAUUCCGGAUGAUGUUAGCCAACGAGUCUACAACUCCUGCUGUCAAAUUCUACUCAGUUAUAAUGGAGCAAUAGAUGGGCCGAAUAAUCCGCUCUUUAAAGCUCAUUCACGCUUCAUUCGCUCAGAGCAGUCGAACGUUGAAUCUUUGCUCACGGAGAUGUUGACGAACAUCUUUCACUCUCAUACAGACACCACGGCAGAAACGGUGGCCCACCAAUUAGAUGCGUUCAGAGUGUUCAUUUGGUUCCGGUAUUGGAGUCAACCCCACGUGGAACUGGCCGUCAAAGUCGCCCAGGCGGCUGAAAUGACCAACAAUACUACGUCGCAGGCCGACACUCUUCUCUGCCUCGGCAAAAUGUAUCGUAUCACUGGAAAGUCGGAUGACGCUCUGAAAACGUUAGCUCGUGCGCGAAAGCUUUUUUCGACCCUUGAUUACACACAACGCCGAAAUCGUCGCAACGCAAUGCGCUGCGAAGUGACAUAUACUGAGAUGUCGGCUCUGGUGCGCAGUCUGCGUCAAGAGGAUGUCAUACCUUUAGUAGAAUCGCUUCGUCCUCAAUGCGAAGGUGAAGAUACAUAUCUCGAAGCUCUGCGCCUCGAAAGUCUAAGUGCUUACCAGUUCAAGGCACAUCAAUUUGAGGCUGCUCUGGUUUCUAUCUCGGAAUCUCGGAAUCUCUUCAGAGAAAAUGAUUGCCCAUUCGACGCGGCCACAUGCCUUCUUGACCUCGCUCGUAUUCUCGGAUGCUUAGAACGUUAUGAGGAAGCAUUACAGAUAGCAGACGAAGCGGUUUCAAGCUUCCACGACCUGGGGUUUGAGGGAUAUAACACUUGUUUCAGCUACAUUCUUAAGGCCCGUAUCAUGAAGUCAUUACAAGCGCCCGGAGAUGCUAUCUUGGAAGUACUCAAUGAUGCGCUCAAACAUUCAUACCGAGAGCCACUACCGCUUGCCUUCACUUUGUUGGAGUAUGGCGAGGUUUACUUGAAAAGAAGAGAUUGGCGUGCGGCUACGCUAGCAUACGAGGAAGCAAGAAAUGCGAUCUCCCGUCUAGAUAAAGAGGGUCAUCGCGGUAUUCCUGAUGAAUGCAACAAUAAAAUUCAAGUCAUACGAAGAUAUGAAACACAAGAAGUCGACCCUCCAGAAGAAGAGCUAGCUUCCUUGAUUCCGGCUCCGAGAUUGUUUCCGUAGGGUUUAAAGAAGUACGCAACAAGAUUUCUAACUCUAAACAAGACUCUUUUUUGUUUCGUAGUAAACGGCGUUCUAAGUAUCUCCGCUAUCAAGUAAUCCACUGGAAUGAAACUUUUUCUUAUUGUCCUAUCCGAGGUCCUUGUACUGUCCCACCCAGCUCCCACAAAUCCUCUGGGGCUAGUCACCCUAUUUCCAUUCAAAAACCGCUCAAGUCAAUGGUAUUGCAGUUACAGUAGUCGUAGGCUGCGUAUAUUGUUUGUUCGUUCAUCCUCGCAUUGUAGCUACCGAGCUGACGCGCGGUAAAAAGUCUACCCCCGUAAUCAUUUUUUCUUGCUUGCCUUGGUAUCCUGGCGCCUCUAGUGCGUAUCGCGAGAAAGUUGUGCCGGGGUAACCACAAGGUGCUUUGACCCAACUCUAUGCACCGACAUCUUCAAAAGUUGAGUA